AUGACCAUUUUCCACAACAUCUGGCCUGGGUAACGCACACGUUUUUGGGUACGGUGUAAGUCUCAUUUUUUCAAGAUGGCAGCGAUGACGUGACGUGACGGCUAGCCGGACGGUUACUGCGCGCACUGUGCGGGACUGCGGGUGCGGGCUGCGGCUCAGUGAGCGGUCGCCAUUGAGAGAGUGAGACCUUAAGUUUCGUAAAAUGGAAUUCGAUACCGAAAAAUUUAUCAGUGAAAUCCAGAGUCGGCCAGUAAUUUGGAAUACCAGAUUACCAGAGUAUUCCGAUAGAUCAGUUAGACGAAAAGCAUGGGAAGAAAUGGUGCAUAUUUAUCACGGUACGAAAUUGACAAAGCAGCAAAAAAAUAAUCUAGGUGUGAAUAUGCAAAGAAAAUGGAGAAAUAUUCGCGACAGUUUUGUGAAAGCCCAUAAAGCGAAACAAUCUAAGAACGGAUCAAGGGCAAAUAGGAAAUCUGCAUAUGUCUUCUACGAUAAUUUGUUAUUUUUAAAAGAUACAGAAACUUUAAAUAAUACAACAGGACAUGUAACUACAGAAAAUGAAGAUAGUAACACAGCUGUACAAAAUGAAGAAACCCUUCUAUCAACUACUGCAAGACCACCAUCACCCAAGAGAAGCAAGAAAAAUAAUCGUGAUGAUAAUAUCAGUAGAGAGUUUGUCGGGGCCUCGAGCCGAAAUCUGGAAAGGAAUAUUAUUGACGAUGAAGGUGAUCGCCUCUUUUUCUUAUCUCUUUUAAAAGAAUUUAAAAAAAUUCCGGAACAUAUGCAAAUGCAAAGUAAAAUAGAUAUUUUAAAGGUACUUAAAGAUGCGCAGAACAUUGAUUAUCCUAGUCCUAAUUCUUUCCGGGGACAUCAAACAUCACAUUAUUCUGAUAAUAGUCCCUAUCACCGUACAAACGUAUCAGAGGUUGAACGUGGGAAUACCCCUCAUGAGUAUCAAAGGGCACAGAGUUCAGAAAUCAAUAUCUACAUGCAGCCACCUGCGCAGUCUAUGGAGUUUAAACAAGAGACGAACGUAAAAUCGCCAAUUUCAUCUCUUAGCGAAAAUUCUCACCAAGAGAGUGACUACCUGGAACUUUUUAAUUCCGUUACUGACGAUGAUACUUGAAAUGUGUACCUAGGCUACAUUAUUUAAUACAAAUUGAAUUGUUAAUUAAUUUACUUACCUAUUAUUACAAUUUGACUACUUAUUGUGACUAAUUGUGACAAUACAUGUCUUGCUUCGAUACAAUUUUUUUUAACCGUCUUCCAAAAAAGUAGGUUCUCAGAUCAGUUUGACCUGCAUAUAUGCUUGUGCGCAAUUAGCUUAGGACCGACCGAUUGUUACCUUAGGAGAAGGUUCUAGAAUAUUAGUAGUUCCUACCAAAACGCCUAGUGCCAAAACACGAAAGCUUUCUAUGAAGUCUUGACUCUCGCCGAGUUCGAUUGUCGGGUCAAGCCCUAUUGGUUCUUCAUUGGUAAAAAUUAUCGAUGUUGUAAUUUAUUUAAUAAAUAAAGCACUAGUAAUAAAAUUGCAUUCAACUCUCGAUAGCUGUGCCUACUUCAGAUUCUUUUGAUUCUGAUUCUAACUACAAUUCUGGAAAUCAUAGCUUAGUGGUGCUAGUGCCUCCCAAUCCCAUCCUACAAAUAAUUUUGAUACUCUAAUUGCAAAAUCAUGCAAUUUGACAUCAAUGAUACUCUACCACAACAGCAUUCUCUAGUAGUAAUACUAUACAUCACUUGUAAGUAGGGUUCGCAUCUACGUUACAGAUCCCCCUAAAAAUCCUGAAAAUAAAAAAAACACCAUUACCAUAUUAGUAGUACCUAGUUAGUUUAGUAUAGUACACAUCAGCUUGAUCUUAGAAGUUUUCAAUAUCUUACAUUCAUGGCGAUUAAUAAAAUUGAUACAAACUGGUGGGUGGACACUGGUCAUAACAGGAAAAUAAUUUAUCCUAUGUAAUAAGU